UUAUUUAUUGCCACAUUUUGUGGGAAAUUUGCUGAAACCUUAUCAGUCUUAUCAUUUGAUUUUGCUCGUUAGUGUGGCAACACUCAAAAUAUUUGUGUAUCUGCAGUGGGGAUUUCAAUGCGAGGCCAAAUAAAAACGCAAGGCAAGUUUGAUAGCGACUUUGGAGCACAUCGGAAGUAUUUGUGGCAGGCAGCGCAACGCGUACUAGCGCCCCAAUGCAACGCCAAGUCGUGCUGCAAAUAAAACCUAAAAAAGAUGUAGAAGAAGCCACACGUUAAGUACGAAUACGAGAAGCUUAUUUAAAGCCAUAAAACAGCAAAGAGUGUAUGUAUAUUAGUGUCCAAGAUGCAAUAAUGCUAAGGAUUAAGGGAAUAAAGAGUCAAAUGAACAAUAAUCUGCAGAAUCCAAAUUACAGAUGUGUUUCCAGAGCUGGUAAAAUACACAAUUUGUGUUGUAUAAUGGGGGUGUGUAUGUGGCAGCAUAUGAAUGUGUAUGCAUUCACUGACUCUUUAACAGAGUGGGAAACUGGAAACAAAGUUCUUAACUUAAUGAAACCAAACAGUUAAUGUGCAACUAAGUAAACAUAACAUUGUGGCAUGAAACGUGCUCAAAAGAAGCAACCAUAAUACGACAAGUGACAACUAAAUUAAUAGCUAUACUAUCUUCGUAUUCUAACUACACACAAAAGUGCAUAGAAAAUAAGAAGUAUACAUCACACCCGCCAGUUCAACCGAACAACAGCCGUGUUGCAACCCGCCUAGGUACCACACUUUGACUUUCUCCCAGUGUAGCACUACCAACAGCCUGCCAAAUGAAAAUGGUAGAUAAAUCCUCCAAGUUGGAUAAGUUUAGCGCCAACAUAGGCGGUGGCGGCUCCGGCGUUGGCGGUAGUGGCAUUGGUGGGGUUGGCGGUGCUGGUAGCAGUGGCGGCAAUAGUGGUGUUAUGACCAGCACUAGCAAUUAUGGCGCUGCCGCGGCCAGUGGCGUUGGCAGCCAAAAUAUUCAGAAGCCGGUGCCAAUGAAAUUGUUCGCCGCCUGGGAAGUGGAUCGUACGCCUCCAAAUUGCAUACCAAGACUUUGCUCGUUGACAAUAACGCGCCUAUCCAUACUGACUCCAUUACCGGGAGAUAUGACGUCACUAACAUUGGCCGUCAAGAUGCAGAGCUCCAAGCGUACAUUGCGUUCACACGAGAUACCCAUAAAUAGCAGUGGUUUUGCGCAAAGUGCCGCAUCCGGUGGCACAGCAACUGGCUCGACCGCUUCCAACAAUGCUGGUGGUGCUGGUACUGGCAGCGGUGGCGUCGGCAGUGUCAUACAACAGAGCAACUCUGGAGCAGCACUUAUCGGUAGCAGCGGUGGCAUUGGCAAUGCAAUGGGCAGUAGCGGUGGUGCACAAAUGGGUUCAGCCAUAAUUGGCACGCCCGGAAAUAUUGGAAACACGGGCAUUGGCAUUGGCGGAAGUGGCAGCGGUGCGUCCAUGACAGUGGGCGGAAUUGGUGGCGGCGGAGGUAUCAGUGGCGGUGGCGCGACUACGAUGCCAUUAGCAGAAACUGAAUUAGAUUUACACUUCAGUCUGCAAUAUCCGCAUUUUAUCAAGCGCGAUGGCAAUAGCAAUCGCAUUGGCUACAAUUUACCCUUCUCUCCCUUCUCUCGCUCAAAUGCACAUAGACUGGUUAUAUUGUUGCAACGUCGCAAAAAAUACAAAUCACGCACCAUCUUGGGCUACAAAACUCUGGCCGAGGGCAUUAUACGCAUGGAUGCAGUGCUGCAAAAGUCCAUGGACAUGACAGUCGAACUGACAGCAUCCGGCAAAAAUGGCCGACCAGGCACAACGGUUGCAUGUCUACGUGCCGAACGCGUCUCAUCCAUUCCAGUUGAUCAUGACAAUAAGAAUAACAAUAGUGUACUACUAGCAGAUCGUGUUGCCGAAUACUCUGACGAGGACGAAGAAGGCGAAUUUAGUUCUGGUGAAUUCAACGAUGAGGCCACCGAUCUCGGCAUACCCGGCUACGAUCCUAAGCGUGAUUAUAAUCCCAGCAAACACGACAUGCGAAAAUAUCGUAAAUUACAACGCUCCGAGGUGGAAGACGUUGCACUAGGCGCUAACCCAGUGGAUAGUGACAGUGAAUUCGAGAUGAAGGACAAGAGCUCGUCACGAGCGAAGAUCAGUCGGACGAUUUCAUUGCAACAACGCAAUUUUAAGCAGAAGAUAGUCGCGCUGCUCAAACGUUUCAAGGCUUCCGAAGAGUUGGAGGGUGAAGUUAGUCGCGGCACAGCAGCACUACGUGGUGAACGUGAUUUGGAUGCACUCUUUCAAGAACUGGAAUCUCUGUCUUGCUGCGAGGGUGACGAUUCUGGCCCCGACAUGGACAGCUUGUCAAUCGGUUCGACACCGAAACCUUCGCUGCGUCCAUUCUUUACAAAUUCGAGAAUAAUGUUGCACGAUAAUGGUGCUGUUGGUGGCAACUUUGAACGCAGAUCAUCGGAUAAAAGCGACCAAUUGACCAAUUCGUCAUUCAAUUAUGAUAAUACUAGACAAAAAUGCAUUCAUUUAACAAACAAUAACAAUAAUUCGGCAACAACACCAGAUCGCCCGACCGACUAUCGCAACGACAGCUCUGGCAAUGAGGGCAAUGCUUUCAAUACCGAUGGUCAGAAUUCCGACCCUCAAAAUAGUCCUCCACGCACCGAGAAGGAUUACAUGCGUUUGCAAUUAUUGCAACAGCAGCAACAACAACAAUUAACUCCAGUGAGCGGUGGCGGGGGUAACAAUAGCAACGCAUUCACUUUUAGCGAGAAGCGUUCGCGACUCUUUCGCACAUCAAGCAAUACACCCAGCGGUGCUGGUGGCGGUGGUGGCGCCAUGGGUAUGGGUAAGAAAAAGCAAACACUCAGUUUAACGGCUGAGCCGCGUUCAGUAUUAGAAACAUGUCUGUCGCCGACAAAUGUGGAGCCGCGAAAGAUGCUACUCGAUCAACUGAGCCGCAUAUUUGCCAGCGAUGACACUGUGCUACCAGAUGUGGUCACAAUAAUCAGUCCGCCUGAGGCGCUAAGUGGCAGUGCGCUAAUCCCUAAGCUGACCACAUUGUUGGCAAACUCAUUUAAGCCGGCAUUUAUGCCGCAAAAUACCGCGGAAGUGAAGGCAGUGUUGCAGGCAUUGAUGGGCAAAAUACAGAAAUACUGCAACUCGAAUGCGAAGCCACCAAAUACGGUGAAGAUUUUACUACUGGGCGGUGAUUGGCUGCAGGGUGCUGCGUUGCGCCACUACGUUGAGUUGAUGGGCGUGCGCCCGCCAGACUGGCUGAAUCAUUUGCGUUUCUAUAUUGUGCCAAUCGGCAGCGGUAGCACGAUUGCGCGUUAUCUUAGCCAAAUCGAUUUGACAUACGGUGCCAUGUUUGGUUCGGACAAUUGGUAUCAGUUGUGCGAGCGUGUUGCGGCGACUGCAGCGGCCGUGAGCGCUGUGACGACGGUGAAUGCCUCGGCGCUGUCAACAACGCUCGGCGAUUCGGUGACGGCGAACAAGUCGGACAUUGUGGAGAUGGUGCAACGCAUACAGCGAUAUCUGCACGCAGCCGGGCCAUGCACACAGAUUCCCAUCGGCGAGGCGAUGGUCAAUUACAAGGACGAGGAUUCGUGUCAAAUAUUUGUGCCAUUCGUCAGUGAUGUACGUAUUGGUUACUUGGAAGGCCCACAAGUCUCACUUGAUCUCGAAGAGAAUGCCGCACAAACUGGUGGUGCUGGCGCGCAACAAGCGUUAAAUAUGUCGAGUGCCAUACCCAUUGGAAGUGCUAACACAACAAAUAUGGUUAGCGGUGGCAGCGGCGGUGUAGGAAAUAAUGCAUCAUCCGGUUCGCCACCACAAAGCGGACGUAUUUCACCACCCCAGCAGACACCACCUUCUUCGGCGAAUGCGUUACGUGAUCGUGGUGGUGAUUCGAUAAAUACGCCACCAGCGCAGUCGACAGCAGCGCCCGAGUCGGUCGAACUGCAAGUGGACUAUUGGCCAAUUAUCCGACCGGGCGACCAUACACCCAAGGAAAAGAGUAUCACGCGGAGCGGUGAUCAAGGUGGCAAGAAUAGCAUUAAGAGUACGUUUAGGAAUCUACAAGUUUGGCGGCUACCGCAGAAUGCCCAAUUGGGUGAGAUGUCGUAUGGGCUGACCGUGAAUUUCGCCACCAAGGAGAAGAAACAGAAGCAAAUAAUGCGCCUUGGCAAGAAAAAGGAAAAAGACCGUGAUCUCGAGAAGGAGCAAUGCGUUGAAGGUGUGGCGCGGUUAAUUUGCUCACCAAAACAGUCACAUCCUGUACCGUUGAGAGUUUUCAUCGACGGCACCGAAUGGACUGGUGUGAAAUUCUUCCAGUUGUCAUCGCAAUGGCAAACACACGUUAAGAAUUUUCCAAUUGCUCUGAUUGGUUGUACACCAAUGUCAUGUUCUGAGAUAUCCUAGUCAUUUUAAAUAUACUAUGUAUAAUAACCGAUAAAACAAAAAAUUUAAAUAUUUAGCAAUUUACAUACUAUGUAACAAUUAUACUUCUAGAACAUAUAAAUCGGCAUAUAAACGUGUUGCACAUACUACUAGUAUUGGAACUAUAACUAUAAUAUACAGUAUAUCACCAUAUAUGCACACAUACAUACAAACAUAGCGACCACACAAACGUCUACAUUCAUAAAUGCCUUCAUGACUACAUAAAAUACGAAUAUAGUGCAUAAAAUGUACACAACUCGUACACAUGAAAUUCAGCAAAAUUAAUAUGUAGAGUAGUCAUAAAAGGCUACUUUUAUAUUUAUAUAUAUUUUUGUAUUUAAUUUAAUCUGACAAUUACUGUUAAUUUAAUAAACAUACAAACAGGAAACGCGUGAAUGCAUACAUUUAUUUUUCCUUAUUUUUAUAGAGACUUAACUACAUCAAAACACAUGUUCAUUCUUAUAUACAUACCUACUACAUACAUUCACGCGUAAUGCAUCAAAAUUAUUAUUUAUUUAGUCUUUCGCUUUCAUUUGAUUGCAAAAUUAAAUUAAACAUUUGAUAGACACUUUAUAUUAAAUAUAAAAAUAGAGUGCGCUUACUUAUAAAAAAAGACUAUUUUUCAUGAAUAAAUCUGAAUAUACAACUGAAGUGAAUUGCAUAACCAAACCAUGCUUGCUAAUACCAGUAGAAUUUACAUAUACUACUUAUAUACUAUACAUACAUAGAUAUAUGAUAAAAGGUAGCUAAAUACAACUUACUACUUACGCCGAUAUUGUGUUAAAUAUAUAUUAUGAAACUUGAGUAUUGAUAACUAAGUAUAUCUUGCAAUUUAUUGCUUCCUACGGACCACCAGCCAUAUUGAAAUACUAAAUGUUACAUACAUUUGAGAAUAGAUGUAAACAUAAAACUCCAAUUUUCAUUGUAAAGCGCAUCAUUGAAACGCAAAUUAACAUUAAAAAUGCCACCGUGUUCAGUAUGCUUUGGUGACUGAACUUCAGCGAAUUUCCAUCAAUAAAUCAGCAGUAUCUGAGAUUUACUUCUUAUUAAAUAGUGGAAGAAAGUAAGAGGAAGUAAUGGAAAAACUAAAAUACUUAGAAUAGUUUAAAAUAAUGUAUUGGAGAGUUGAUUGUAAAAAAAAACAUAUUCAUGAGCGUACGUAUAUAUAAGUACAUGAAUUACAAAUUUAAUAUAUAUAUGUAGUUCCAAAAAUUUUCUAAAUCUAAAUGUGCUUCAGUGUUUAUGAUUUAUGCAGAAAUAUAUUUGGGUAUAAUUAAUA